GUCUCCUUGCGAGGCAUCGUCACCCGCCUGGACCGCACCGUGAUCAUUGAGUCUCGGGAGAUCGACGGCACUGGUGGCAGCGCCUACGGAGGUCACAUCGAAGUCUUCGAUGUGGCGCUGGGAGACCUCAUGGGGAGCAGCGUCGUGGGUGAAUGCAGCUUCCAGUACACGAACUUCCACAGCCUGGGUAAGGGAGCCCUCUCAGCGGCCGUCAAGAUCACCUACGGCUCCAACUUCGAGCCUCCGCCGGUGCUGAUCUUCCAUGGCAACUCAUGGACGGACUCUGUGGAAUACGCUCUUCACCUGGAGUCCUCGAACGCGCCCGUCCUCAUCACCAACAACGUGAUGUUCCGCUCGAUGAAUGGCGGCAUCUUCUCGCAGAAGGGGUCCGCGGCGGUGCAGAUCAAGGACAACGCCAUCAUUGGCCUGAAGCUGGCGGACACUGCGCCACGGAUGACGCUGCAGUCAGAGACGGAUGUGGUUGUGCCGCAGUAUGCCGGGAUUCGCUUGGACCAGCUGCCUGUGCGUAUGAUUGGCAACGUGGUCGCCGGCUCCCGGGACAUGGGUUACCUGACGCCAGCCGAGCCGUGCCCGCCCCGCGCAAUGUUCAACAACGAGGCAACAGCCGUCAUCGUGGGUGCUUUCUUGUUGACGGCUCGCCAGACCACCUGUAUGACUUUCAACCUGUUCAAGGUCUGGAAGGCCGCGCACGCUGGCGUGUACCUCUCCGACACCACCCCGUCCAGGACCAUCCUGACAAACAUCGUGGUGUCGGAUUCGCACAUCGGCAUUCUGCCCUACCUCUCCAUUGGCUCUGCUUUCAGGCGUGUCUACGUGUACAACUCGACGCUAAUCGGCACAUCGCCCGCCGGCACCAACUGCGAGAAGUCCAACUUCUGCCGCACUCAGACCAUCAGCGAUCCCUACAUGGACACCUGCAGCUCCAUGUACAACAGCAUCGGGCUGCGUCGCGUCGGGUUCGUGGCACCCAUCCGCACGAACAACAAAAAGCAGCCGAAGCUGAACGGCUGCCACCAAGCAUGGGAGAAGGACAUUCACAUGCAGAAGGGCCUUGGCUGGGUUUUCUUCGAGGACACGCGCUUCGCCUAUUGGAAGUCGGACGACUGCGGCUACACGGACCGCGCGAUCGCGCCGAACAUGUUUGCCGCCGAGGUCAGCUUUCCAAUGUCCUUCACCAACACGACCUGGUACGAGUCGGACCUCGACGCGCGCUUCGAGCUCAGCACCGAACGACUGGACGACGGCUACGGCGGCCGAGUCAGCCCUUGCAAGAGCACGGGUGGUGGCUGCAUGGGCCUGGACCAGCUUUUGCUCCAAGACAUGGACGGCACACUCACAGGCAUCCCGAAUGCCACCAACGCAACCAUCCUCCCGCUGACUCCACGCACGGAGAUCGUGUGGGCUUCGCAGUGCAACGCCUCCCUCUUGGACACCACCAUUGCGGCGCAGGCCUGUCCCAACAUGUUGGUUGACUUGCUGGAGAUGACCAACCUCGACAGGGGCGCAAAGGAUAUCAAGUUUGGACCACUGGUGCUGACGCCCGAUGAGGAAGAAGACAACGGCUUCAACAAGGGUGUGCUGAGCAGUGUGGGGCCGUUCUAUGCCUCCUGCCCAUGUGGUUGGGAUUUCUCCUUCUACCACAUCCUGAUCAAGCCGGACUCGACGUACUACAUGGAAGUGAUGUCGCUGCCGGAGAACUUCAAGCUCCGAUACUGGAACCCGCGGCCCGAGGCUUCUGUGCUUCUGGAGAUCUUCUACCCAGACUCUCGCGGCGUCAACGUGUUCGUAGGAGGGGCCAGCAAACCCGACAUGGCCUUGAAGCUGGGACGCAAGCCCACCCUGGAUGACGAGCACGGGGCCCACGUAGUCGAUGCGCAAGCACUACGUCUCUACGUCACCCUGCGAGGAUCGCCCGAAGGCUUUGCAGCCCGGCGCGACCUGGUCAUCCGGCGCACGCCCACCGUGAAGCUCAAGAUGAACAUCGAGAUCAGUAUCACCGAGUUCAAUGGGCCCCAGUUCCAAACGAACUUGGCGAUCCUGCUCGGAAUUCCUCCGGAGCGUAUCGCGGUUGCAUCGGUGGCCGCCCGACGACGGCUAAAGCUGGUGGAAGUCACUGAGGAGGACUCGGAUGCGUCGGUCUGCACGGCGGAGGGGAUCUGCCAGACGCCAGGCCGGCGGCUUGCCACCGUCGACAUCACGGACCUCGACAUCUCCAUCGAGCCGUCCAAGGAUGCAGUGUGGGACUCGGCACUUAGUGUAGAGGGGCUUACAUGUCGGCGUUAA